CGCUGCGUUUUGGUCCCAUCAAGGAACCGACGAUACCCCUCCCCCAUCUAUUUCCUUUCUUUGAAAGCGCUGCUAUGAAACUUCCUUGACUUGUUUGGACGUGUCGUACCUUCUUAUCCUCUCAAAACAACGCUGCGUUUUGGAUUGUUCGAUUCAAUAGGGGCUUGGGUUUAUUGGGAUCGAAUGGGAGUGCAGAGAUUUUACUUUUUUUUUAAUGGGUGUUGUGUUGAAUCUGAUGUGCUGAGAUUAGAAUAUGAGUUGGUGGAGGUGAUUUGCGUUGCCUCUUUGGAUGAAUUUGAGGGCGCCCUUGCAGUGAAAUUAUCAUUGAAACGCUUGGAGGACGGUUUUGAAUGAUAUCCCAUAUUGAUAUGAUGUUCUUCGUAUGGCUUUUGUAAGGUUUGUGAGAUCUUUUCAGAUUUACAAGUUGAAGAAUUUUCUGGGUCUUUAAUUUUUCUGUUAUGUUGGUAUAAAAUUUUUUAUGAAAGAGAACUGUUGUGAUCAUGGAAUUAUACAGCAGAAGAGUUGGGUCAAAUAGAUUUGAGUUUGAAUUUGAAUUUGUCGGGAUAUUGUGAUGAGUAUUUGGGUAUUUGAUGUGGAAACUUUACGGGUGGAAUUCGUAAUUGGACGGCUAUUCACACGAAAUUCGGUUAUAGUGUGGCUCAAAUUCCUCCAUCUUAAUUCACUCCGGCAGUCCCAUUAGUUCUCGUUUAGAAUUUAGCAACAUUACUUCUCUUUUGGAGAAGUCGGUUUCGUGUUUUCCGAGUGUUCAAGUGGUCGCUUAUCAUUUGCAGUUGACUUGGGGUGUGACCCAAUUCUUUGAGCUUGUUAUUGUAAAUUCUGUCCAGCCUUAUAUUCCAUAUGUUAGUUUUUCCAGGCUCGUAUGCUUAGGUUUUUUCUAUGACUAGUAACUAGAACCAAAACUUCAUGGAACCAUAGUAUUCCUCAAAGUAUAAUUAGGUUCUUUGGCGUAAUUCACUUUGGGUGGUUGAUCUGUGUGUGCAUUCUAAAGUGUAUACGCCUUCAGUUCUAGAUUAGAUUGAUGGCCAAUUCAUCUGAGCCAUCAUCAUCCUUGAGCUUUACAUCAUCUUCCCAUAUAUCAAAUGCGGUCACCAGUCAUAACAUGUCUUCCUCCUCUGGCUCUGAGACAGGGCCUAGCCUCGAAAUCAUCAGCCUAAGCAAGCUCAGUUCUAACUUGGAGCAGCUAUUGGUUGAUUCAGGUUGUGAUUAUAGUGAUGCAGAGAUUAUUGUUGAGGGCAUCCCAGUUGGGGUUCAUCGCUGCAUUUUGGCUGCCAGGAGUAGGUUUUUCUAUGAUCUCUUCAAGCGAGAAAAGAGUUCUUCUGAGAAGGAUGGUAAACCAAGGUACUGCAUGAGUGACUUUUUGCCGUAUGGUAAGGUUGGAUAUGAAGCCUUCCUUAUUUUCUUGAGCUAUCUGUACACGGGAAAGCUGAAGGCUUCACCUCUGGAGGUGUCAACGUGUGUUGAUACUGGUUGUGCCCAUGAUGCGUGUAGACCCGCUAUUGAUUUUUCUGUGGAAUUGAUGUAUGCCUCUGCUAUUUUUCAGGUACCAGAGCUGGUCUCACUUUUUCAGCGGCGUCUUACCAACUUCAUCGGAAAGGCUCUUUUGGAAGAUGUUAUCCCAAUCCUUGUAGUUGCCUACCAUUGUAAAUCAAGUGUUCUUGUCAACCAAUGUGUUGACAGAGUAGCCAGAUCAGAUCUUGACAGCAUUUCUCUUGAGAAAGAUCUCCCUUAUGAGGUUGCAGAGAGCAUUAAAUUGCUCCGCCUCAAGUCUCAGCCUGAUGAUGAAUGUAACACUGUACCUGUGGACCCUGUGCAUGAAAAAAGAGUCAGGAGAAUACUUAAGGCAUUGGACUCAGAUGAUGUUGAACUCGUGAAACUUCUUCUAAGUGAGUCUGGUAUAACCUUGGAUGAAGCUUAUGCCCUCCAUUAUGCUGCAGCAUACUGUGAUCCCAAGGUUGUCUCUGAAGUGCUUAGUCUGGGUCUGGCUGAUGUCAACCGUCAUAAUCCUCGAGGUUACACUGUUCUCCAUGUGGCUGCAAUGCGUAAGGAGCCAUCAAUAAUUGUUUCACUUCUGACAAAAGGGGCUCAUGCAUCAGAAAGGACUUCAGAUGGGCAAAGUGCUGUUAGUAUCUGCCGCAGGUUAACAAGGCCGAAGGAUUAUCAUGCAAAAAUGGAACAGGGGCAGGAAACAAACAAGGACAGGAUAUGCAUUGAUGUUCUGGAGAGAGAAAUGCGGAGGAAUCCACUGGCUGGAGAUGUGUCAAUCUCUUCACCAACAAUGGCUGAUGAUCUGCACAUGAAGUUGCUGUACCUGGAAAAUAGAGUGGCAUUUGCACGAUUAUUCUUCCCUAGUGAAGCGAAGCUAGCCAUGGAGAUAGCGCAUGCUGAGACAACCUCCGAGUUUGCUGGCCUUUCUGCAUCAAAAAGAUCUAGUGGGAACCUAAGGGAGGUUGAUUUGAAUGAGACACCCAUAAUGCAGAACCAGAGGCUUCGUUCAAGGAUGAAUGCCCUUGUGAAAACAGUGGAGAUGGGUCGACGCUACUUCCCACUUUGCUCACAAGUCCUGGAUAAGUUCAUGGAGGACGACCUUCCUGAUUUGUUCUACCUUGAGAAGGGCACUCUGGAUGAACAGAGGAUUAAGAGGACGCGUUUCAUGGAGCUUAAAGAGGAUGUUCAACGAGCAUUUACGAAAGACAAGGCUGAGUUCAAUCGCUCCGGGUUAUCUUCAUCUUCAUCUUCAUCCUCCCUAAAAGACAAUUUAAGUCACAAGGCUAGAAAAUUAUGAAGUUAUGUUGCCUAUUGUAAUAAGCCUAUUGAGGUAACUCCAGUUUUGACCAAAGUUUCUGGUGAGAGCCUUCUGACCAGGACUGGCCCUUGUUUGUAAAAGCAUCCAUAAUAUACCUUUUUCCUUGUGUGAUCAACCACUAAAGCUUCUUACA